ACCUCCUUUUCCGCUUUAUCCCCUCCGUUCGACCCCACUUUUCAGCAAAAAACGCAAACUUCUUUAACUGGUCUCCUAUCAUUCAUACAACAGAACUAAUAUCAAUAUGGAUCACGUUCGUCAAUUUAUGCGCGGUAUGCCAAACCAAAUAUCUGUACCAACUGUCAAAAUGAUUCUCCAAAUGAAUCCUCCCACUGCUGCUCGGGCACUUAUGAAUGACUUGACUCGGCCUCUCAAGCAUCAGCUUCCUUACAUCAAGAAAGUCCAUGGCGGCGCAUGGCGAGGAGCGUGGAUUGGCGAAAACAUGCAAUCGGCUGAAAGCUAUGAAGAUGUAAAGGCCAGAGUCCAGAAAGCGGACUUGAUUAUUUUUACUAUUCACGGUGGCGGUUUUCGAAUAGGAACUUCAACAAUGUAUAUGAAGGCUUAUACAACUUGGAUUGAAAUGCUCAAAGACAACGGGAUUCAUGCCAUCAUUAUGUCAGUUAAAUACCGACUUUCACCCGAGGCUAAAUACCCAGAACCGACUGAAGAUUGCGUACGAGCCUACCAGCACCUUCGAAACUCCCUGGCGGUCCCUGGAAAUAAGAUCGUCGUUACCGGUGAUUCCGCUGGUGGAGCGCUCUUGUUUGAGACAAUGAUGGACUGCCACGCCCCAGACGUAUACGAUCAUCUUGGGGGAGACAAUGCUACGGGCGCUAUUGAAAGCAAGGGCUACCCUGAUCUUCCUGCCGCCAUGAUGCUGUCUUCACCACUGGUGACAGAAAAGUUUGAUGCACCGUCAUGGAAGGCCAACGAUAAACAUGAUAUUGUUACAACCAAGUUCGCCAAACAAGUCCUUCGUGAAUACUUUGAUCCCGAGGUAGCUCCCACGCCAGAAACCAUGAAGGUGCUAGCACUUUCCAGAAUGGAAAAAGGGUUCGAAGUUUUCUUACCAAAGAAUGUAAUCGUGUAUGUUGGAAAGAAAGAAGUCAUGCGAGACGACAUUCUAGAACUUUGCAACCGAGUCAAGAGAAACAGUACCAUCAACGUCCAAGUAGUGCAAGAAGAUCUUGUCCAUGACUGGUAUAUGAUUCGGGAUCUGGUCAAAAAGAAAUCUAUACUGGAACAAAAUGACAGAGUCUUCAUUCGGUUUAUCAAGCAAGCCUUGGAGCAGGCUCAAGGUCAUUCUAUCCGAAGCUCAGCGCAAUUCAAGGAAGUUCGCAGUCGCCAAGGAAGACAAGCUUCCAUGUCUGAAUCAUUUAUGUCUUCGUCAUCGGCCAACAGCUCGUCUGCUCAAACAGCCCUGGAAUCUUCGUUAGCCGCUGAAUCAGAGUUGCUUGAAACUCUUUCACAAGUCGGCAGCCACAAGGAUCGCAGAAGUACUUCGGAAACGCCUAUUGCGUCGCCCACCAUUCUAGGUUUAAUCACCGUUUAAUAGUAUUCCGUAAUUGUAGUAAAUACCAAGGAAUUAUAAUGCCACAGACAUGACGUUAUUAUCUUCUCUGUAUGAAUUGUUUUUGUUUGGUCUAUGCUUCUCCCUUUCGCAUGAAGCUCAACUUGGUAUUGAACCGGUUUGUUCUUCGUGAAGGAGAUGUGUAGUCUGUAAACAUGCCCAUCAACCCGUUUUAUUUUCUAUUUCAACAAUAAAGGCUGACGCGAC